AUGUCUGGGCCGAUGGCGAACCCGGUCCAGCAGCGCCAACUGGACAUUGCCCAGGAGGCGCUGGAGGGCUUCAUCAAGGACAUCAAGUCUAGAACGGUAUCUGAAGAGCUCCGUAAGCGAUCAGCCCUCCAGCUGCGGGACAUGGUAGCUAUAUUACAAAGAGACCUUGCACCGGACUCAUUCAACACAUUCUUCCUCCAGGUGCAACAACGCAUCAGCAACCUCAUCAUCCAUGGCAGCGAUACUUUUGAGCGCCUCGGUGCCAUCUACAUCAUCGAUGGUCUCGUCGAUCUUGACGGGCUGGACACCGGUGUCAAGUACACUCGAUUCACUCAGAACUUGCGCACGAUACUACGAGGAAAGGACAUCAAUCCGAUGCAAGCCGCGGCUACAGUCCUAGGAAAGCUAUGCCGGCCAGGCGGCUCGAUCAUAUCCGAACUGGUUGAAGCCGAGGUCAAGAACGCCCUCGAGUGGCUCCAGUCCGACCGCAUCGAAGAGCGACGAUAUAGUGCUGUCCUCGUUCUGCGCGAGCUGGCCAGGAACGCACCUACCCUAAUGUACGCCUAUGUCGGCAUGAUUUUUGACCUCAUUUGGGCUGGCCUAAGAGAUCAGCGACAUCUCAUUCGCGCGACUUCCGCCGAGGCCGUCAGUGCGUGCUUCAGGAUCAUCCGUGAGCGUGACCAGGAACUCAAGCAAGCAUGGAUGAACAAGAUGUACAAUGAGGCCAUACAGGGACUCAAGGCCAACUCCAUUGAGUCAGCUCAUGCAUCGCUCCUCGUCCUCAAGGAGCUCCUAGAACAGGGUGGCAUGUACAUGCAGGAUCACUACCAGGAGGCUUGCGAGAUUGUCUUCCGUUACAAAGACCAUCGAGAUCCCACGAUCCGGAAAACUGUCGUCCUUCUUAUUCCUGAUCUGGCAAACUAUGCCCCCACAGAAUUCGCCUCGACGUGGCUCCACAAAUUCAUGGUCUACCUGUCAAGCAUGCUCAAGAAAGAGAAGGAGCGUAACGACGCCUUUCUUGCGAUUGGAAACAUUGCCAACUCUGUCAAGAGUGCAAUCGCUCCAUACUUGGAUGGCGUGCUGAUUUACGUUCGGGAAGGCCUCAGUGUCACGUCACGCAAGCGAGGCUCUGUUGACCCUGUCUUCGACUGUAUCAGUCGUUUGGCGGUCGCCGUUGGACAGACCCUGAGCAAAUACAUGGAGGCUCUCCUCGACCCUAUUUUCGCUUGUGAACUCACACCCAAGUUGACACAAGCACUGGUCGAUAUGGCUUUCUACAUUCCGCCCGUCAAGGCUACGAUACAGGAAAGACUUCUCGAUAUGCUGAGCAAAGUUCUUUGCGGUGAGCCGUUUAAGCCACUGGGAGCUCCGCAGCCGAACACCCUCUCUUCAGUGCCCAUCAUUCCUAAGGACUCGAAGGAUCCUUUGGCCUAUGAACAUCGCAAAGCCGAGAUCAAACUGGCCUUGAAUACACUGGGCAGCUUUGACUUUUCUGGUCACGUCCUAAAUGAGUUCGUCCGCGAUGUCGCCAUAAAAUACGUUGACGACGAUGACGCUGAGAUCCGAGAAGCUGCUGCGCUUACAUGCUGCCAGCUCUACGUACGAGAUCCCAUUGUCAACCAGACGAGCUACCAUGCUCUUCAGGUCGUCGGAGAUGUAAUUGAGAAACUGCUCACUGUUGGUGUCUCCGAUCCCGACCCGAACAUCAGGCGGACUGUUCUUGCUGCCUUAGACGAGCGAUUUGAUCGUCAUCUCUCAAAGGCGGAGAAUAUUCGCACUUUGUUCUUCGCAUUGAAUGAUGAGCACUUCCCCAUUCGUGAGGUUGCGAUAUCUAUUAUCGGCCGACUAUCCCGCUUUAAUCCGGCAUAUGUCGUACCAUCUUUGCGAAAGACCCUUAUACAGAUGCUAACAGAGCUUGAAUUCUCCGACGUUCCUAGGAACAAGGAGGAAAGCGCCAAGCUGCUUUCACUCCUCGUGCAGAAUGCACAGGAACUGAUCAGACCUUAUGUCGACCCGAUGAUCAAGGUCCUGCUUCCGAAGGCAAAUGAUCCCACCCCUUCCGUGGCAGCAACGAUCCUGAAAGCAAUUGGAGAGCUAUGUACAGUGGGGGGCGAGGAUAUGCUUCCUUAUAAAGAUGCUCUGAUGCCCCUGAUCAUUGAUGCAUUGCAGGAUCAGAGUUCUGCUCGAAAGCGAGAAGCAGCCUUGCAUACCCUAGGCCAAUUGGCUAGCAAUUCCGGCUAUGUCAUCGAUCCCUACCUCGAAUACCCACAACUUCUCGAGCUUCUCCAGAACAUCAUACGAGGCGAGCCACAGCACGGUCCUCUACGUCAGGAGACCAUUAAACUGCUUGGGAUUCUAGGAGCACUUGACCCUUAUAGACAUCAGGUACAGAUACGCCGAUUUUUCUUGAGUCACCACAGAAGAUUAUUCCCUGAAGAGCUGGAUGUCAGCAUCGUCCCCGGAGAAGACCCCGAUUCGGAUGACGAUGCUACUGAAGCCCACAGAUACAUUUCUUGUGUCAAUGUUCACAUCUGCCCCUUUGCAAGUGCUAACCUGAUACAGCAAGUUGAAGAACGAACACCUGAAAUCCAGCGCCGCGUGGAGUCCACCCAGAUGACCGACAUUUCUCUAAUGAUGACUGGUUUGACUCCGUCCAAUAAGGACUACUUCCCUACUGUCGUCAUCAACGCUCUACUUCAGAUUCUGAACGAUCAUUCUCUCGUUCAACACCAUGCGGCAGUCAUCGAGGCUAUCAUGAACAUAUUUCGAACUCUUGGGCUUGAAUGUGUCCCAUUUCUCGAUCGCAUUAUUCCAGCUUUCCUCCUAGUUAUCCGUAACUCCUCCGGUAAUCGCAGGGAGUCCUACUUCAACCAAUUAGCCACACUUGUGGGAAUCGUUCGACAGCAUAUUCGAAACUUUCUGCCUGGGAUCGUCGAAGUCCUACAGGUGUAUUGGAACGAGACACCGUCGUUGCAAUUCACAAUCUUGUCUCUCGUCGAGGCUAUCUCGCGAUCCCUCGAGGGCGAGUUCAAGGUAUAUUUAGCAGGACUAUUGCCACAUAUGCUAGGGAUUUUGGAGAAAGACAGCACGACGAAACGUCUAGCAUCGGAGAAAGUAUUGCAUGCUUUCCUUGUCUUUGGCUCGAGCAGCGAGGAGUAUAUGCAUCUCAUCAUCCCGGUGAUUGUGCGGACUUUUGAGAAAGGAAGCAACCCAGUUUUCCUGCGCAAAUCAGCUAUAGAAACCAUUGGCAAGAUCUCACGCCAAGUCAAUCUCAAUGAUUUUGCGGCAAAAGUCAUUCACCCCUUGACCAGGGUUCUCUCGAGCGGUGAACCCUCGCUUCGCGUCGCAGCUCUUGAUACCCUGUGCGCCUUGAUUCAGCAGCUGGGUCGGGAUUAUAUGCACUUUAUGGGUACAGUGAACAAGGUUUUGAGAGACAACCAAAUCCAGCAUCAAAAUUACGAGUUGCUCGUCAGCAAAUUACAAAAAGGCGAGGUUCUCCCACAGGACCUGAGCUCAGAGUCGCGUUUCGCAGAUCAGAUUGACGAGCCCGCCUUUGCCGAUCUUGGGACGAAGAAAUUGGAGAUGAACGCGAUCCACCUUAAGACGGCAUGGGAUACACGAGGUAAAUCGACGAAGGAGGACUGGCAAGAGUGGCUUCGGCGAUUUAGCACGACACUCCUGACCGAAUCGCCUAAUCAUGCACUCAGGGCAUGCGCUAGCUUGGCCAGCGUGUAUCUGCCCCUCGCCCGUGACCUGUUCAAUUCGGCUUUUGUUAGUUGCUGGAGCGAGCUUUACGAACAAUUUCAGGAGGAGUUGAUUCUCAACAUUGAGAAUGCCAUCAAAUCGGAGAACGUCCCGCCUGACCUGUUAGGUCUCCUCCUCAACUUGGCCGAAUUCAUGGAACAUGACGAUAAGGCAUUGCCGAUCGAUAUCCGUGUACUCGGGCGGGAAGCCGCGCGUUGCCAUGCCUAUGCCAAAGCCCUCCACUACAAAGAGCUCGAGUUCCUUCAGGACCAGAGCAGUGGUGCUGUUGAGGCCCUCAUUGUCAUCAACAACCAGCUCCAACAAUCCGAUGCCGCCAUCGGCAUUUUACGCAAGGCACAGCUCUACAAAGAUGGCAUUCAGCUAAGGGAGACCUGGUUCGAGAAGCUUGAGAGGUGGGAGGAAGCGCUGGCAUUCUAUAAUAAGCGCGAAAGCGAGAUUCCCGAGGAUCAGUCUACACCAGUAGAGAUUGUCAUGGGGAAGAUGCGCUGUCUUCACGCACUAGGUGAAUGGGACGCUUUGGGCCAUCUGACAAGCCAUACCUGGGCGAACUCAUCUCCGGAAGUGCAGCGCUUGAUCGCCCCGCUCGCCACGACCGCUGCUUGGGGUCUCGGAAAAUGGGACUCGAUGGACAACUAUCUGCAGUCUCUUAAGAGAUUCUCGCCAGAUCGAUCGUUCUUCGGCGCCAUUCUGGCAUUGCAUCGUAACCAAUUCCGCGAAUCGGCUCAAAACAUUGACAACGCCCGAGAGGGCCUCGACACUGAACUUAGCGCACUUGUUAGCGAGUCCUACAACCGCGCGUACCAGGUUAUCGUGCGCGUGCAGAUGCUGGCAGAAUUGGAGGAGCUCAUCAUCUACAAACAAACAGACGAGAAGAAGCAGGCCAGUCUUCGCCGCACAUGGGAGAGGCGCUUGAAGGGCUGCCAGCGCAACUUGGAAGUCUGGCAGAGGAUGCUUCGUCUUCGUUCCCUAGUCAUCACACCCGGAGAGAAUAUGCACAUGUGGAUCAAGUUUGCGAAUCUAUGUCGCAAGUCAGGACGAAUGGGCCUGGCUGAGAAGUCAUUGAAGCAGCUUGUUGGCACCGAAGCACCUCUCGAUACGAUGAUUCCGUAUUGGCAUGAAAGACAACCCGUCAAUCGCAACGGCGUUCAGGCCCAGGUCAUAUAUGCCGUGCUCAAAUUCCAGUGGGAUGUUGGUCAGCAGCCUGGCUCCCGUAAUUCCGGUAUUGCAGAGAAAGCUCUGUAUUGCCUGCGAAAGUUCACUGGCGAUACUGUUUUGCGACUUGAGGCUGCUCGCUCACACCUCCACGCCACGCAGCCCAACGGAGACAGCCUUCCAUUUGGGUAUGGCUUCCCGGAAGGUACGGAGAAUAUGCUUGCCCCAGGUGCCCAGAAAGUCCUGUUCGAUCAGGCGGUGCUUCUCGCCAAAUGCUUCCUGCGCCAGGGCGAAUGGUUGAUCUCGCUGAACAAGGAUGAUUGGCAAUACACACAGGUCAACGACAUCCUAGCCUGCUACUCUCAAGCAACGAAGUAUAAUACAAAGUGGUACAAAGCCUGGCACGCUUGGGCACUGGCCAACUUUGAGGUCGUGCAAGCUCUCUCAGCUAGAGGCGAGGGCGGAAUCUCUCGGGUUGAUCAUCAAGUCAUUACGGAUCACGUUGUCCCUGCUGUCCGUGGAUUCUUCGAGUCAAUUUCUCUAUCUCAGGGCAGCUCUCUCCAAGACACACUGAGACUCCUGACCCUCUGGCUGACACACGGCGGAUAUUCAGAGGUUAACUCUGCCGUCACGGAAGGCUUCACACAUGUUAGCGUUGACACGUGGCUCGAAGUCAUUCCACAGCUUAUCGCUCGCAUCAACCAGCCCAACAAACGGGUUCAGCAAUCGGUUCAUAAUCUGUUAGCGGAUGUUGGAAGGGCGCAUCCCCAGGCCCUGGUCUAUCCCUUAACUGUUGCCAUGAAGUCGUGGCAGAACUCACGUCGAUCUCGCUCGGCCGCCCAGAUUAUGGAUAGCAUGAGGCAGCACAGUGCCAAACUUGUUGAGCAAGCCGACAUAGUAAGCCACGAGCUGAUAAGAGUAGCUGUUUUGUGGCACGAGCUCUGGCAUGAAGGUCUGGAAGAAGCGUCAAGGCUCUACUUUGGGGAUCAUAACAUCGACGGCAUGCUAGCAACUCUGGAACCUCUCCAUGAACUUUUGGAACGUGGCCCAGAGACUUUGCGCGAGAUCUCGUUUGCUCAAACCUUUGGUCGUGACCUUACGGAGGCCCGGGAAUGGUGCCGGCAAUACGAGCUCAGCCAUGAUGUUGGUGACCUGAACCAGGCUUGGGAUCUGUAUUACCAGGUCUUCCGCCGCAUCUACCGCCAGCUACCUCAAAUGACUUCGCUUGAGCUGACAUACUGCUCCCCGAAGCUUUUGGCCGCCAAGGACCUCGAUCUUGCAGUUCCUGGAACGUAUCGUAGUGGCAAUCCGAUUGUGCGCAUCAGCUCUUUCGAGACAACGUUCAGCGUUAUUAGCAGCAAGCAGCGUCCUCGAAAGCUGAACAUCAAUGGCAGCGACGGUGUCUCAUACACGUUCCUGCUGAAGGGUCACGAAGAUAUCCGCCAGGACGAACGUGUCAUGCAGCUCUUUGGACUCUGCAAUACCCUACUUUCCAACGAUUCGGAAUGCUAUAAGCGGCAUCUGAACAUCCAGCGCUAUCCGGCCAUUCCUCUUAGUCAGAACUCUGGCCUAUUGGGCUGGGUGCCGAACAGCGACACUGUCCACAUGUUAAUUAGGGAGUACCGUGAGAGCAGAAAGAUCUUGUUGAACAUCGAGCACCGAAUCAUGUUACAAAUGGCGCCUGACUAUGACAACCUGACGCUCAUGCAGAAGGUUGAAGUCUUUGGUUACGCUCUUGACAAUACCACGGGCCAGGACUUGUACCGUGUCUUGUGGUUGAAGAGCAAGAGCAGUGAGGCGUGGCUCGAACGCCGCACGAAUUACACUCGCAGUCUCGGUGUCAUGAGCAUGGUUGGCUAUAUUCUCGGCCUAGGCGAUCGCCAUCCGUCCAAUCUGAUGCUGGAUCGCAUUACUGGCAAGAUCAUCCAUAUCGACUUUGGAGACUGCUUCGAAGUUGCCAUGAAACGCGAGAAGUACCCUGAGAGGGUGCCCUUCCGGCUGACGCGCAUGCUUACAUACGCGAUGGAAGUCAGCAACAUAGAGGGAAGCUUUAGAAUCACAUGUGAGCAUGUAAUGAGAGUUCUCAGAGAGAACAAGGAGAGCGUCAUGGCAGUUCUAGAAGCGUUCAUUCACGAUCCAUUGCUCACUUGGCGACUCACGAAUGCUGCAAGCCCCGCAGGCCCAACUUUCCAGUCCGAGCGAGAGCAAGCUCUUGUUGGGCCCCAGGCAUCACGAAACAGACGGCCGUCUAUCCUCGACGCAGAUCCAUCCGCAUUACUCGCAGCGCAAGUCGGAAAUGGAGAUGGCACAGUACCUGGUGGGCUUCCUGGGGCACGUCCUCGUGCUCGCACAAACUCAUCUGCGGCCCCUGGGAGCAGCCUUGGCGUCAAUGGUCAGCGCGGCGAGCCACAAGAUGCGGCUGAAGUCCAAAACGCCAGGGCUUUGGAGGUACUAGACCGAGUCAACCAAAAGUUAACCGGCCGAGACUUCAAACCGAAUGAAGAGCUCGAUGUGAUCAAUCAAGUGAACAAAUUAAUCGUUGAGGCGACUAAACUAGAGAACCUGUGCCAACAUUACAUUGGGUGGUGCAGUUUCUGGUAA